ACACAAUGACCGCUCUUCGUCCACUACUCCACAAGUCCACACAAAUCUGCUCCACAGACUUUACUGAUCAGUGACCAGUAGUGUCCUCCGUAAUGUCAAUCGUGGUUGUGGUCUGAAAUGUUGAAUGAUUGGGAAGCGGAUGAUCCAGACACUCGGAUAUGGCACAUCAUUCGACAUAUGCGAAUUAUGUGAUUGUCAGAUGGAGCAAUAAAUGAACCCAAAUGGAACGGUCAUAGUAUUAUUGUUAAUAAUUCUCUAACCAGAAUUGUGUAUGCGCUUCGCACGAGAUGUAACUUGACGUCUUAAGCGUUGUUAACGUCAUCGUUAACGGAAUUGCUGAUUUUUCGCAGCGGCAACUUUAUUUGGUUUUCAAAGAUGAACAAGAAAGUGGUCGUUGCGUUCUACCUGACGCUGAACAUAGCCUUCUCGAUUAUAAUCGUGCUCUUGAACAAAUGGCUCUAUAUUCACAUUCGCUUUCCCAACAUCACGCUGUCCAUGAUACAUUUCUUCAUGACUUUCGUCGGGUUGAUAAUCUGCGAGAGACUGGAUGUCUUUUGCGUCAAGGACAUCGACAUCAGGGAGAUGGUACUAAUUGCCAUGACGUUUUGCGGGUUCGUCGUCCUGACUAAUCUGAGCCUGGCCCACAAUACAGUCGGCACCUAUCAGGUGGCGAAGAUGUUGACGACACCCUGCGUGAUAGUGAUGCAAAUGAUAUUUUAUAGAAAGCGCUUCGGUAUGCUAGUUAAGCUAACACUGAUACCGAUCACGCUGGGAGUUAUCAUCAAUUUUUAUUAUGACAUACAAUUCAACAUCAUUGGAACCGUCUAUGCGACGUUGGGUGUACUCGUAACGUCUCUAUAUCAAGUUAUGAUAAACAGGAAACAGAAAGAGUUUCAGAUGGAUCCGAUGCAGUUGCUAUAUUAUCAAGCGCCAUUAUCCGGUGUUAUGCUGUUGAUUGUUGUUCCAAUUUUGGAGCCAGUUGGACAAACGUUUACACACAAUUGGUCGCUGUUAGACAUAAUCAUGGUGAUACUAUCAGGUGCAGUUGCCUUCUUCGUGAAUUUAACUUCAUACUGGAUCAUAGGAAAGACUUCGCCUUUAACAUAUAAUAUGGUUGGACAUUCCAAGUUCUGCCUUCUGUUGUUGGGAGGUUCGUUACUUUUCCAUGAAACGUUAGCGAUAAAUCAAGUCAUCGGUAUAACACUGACGUUAGUGGGCAUUAUAUUAUACGCUCAUGUCAAAAUGAAAGAUAACCAGCCGACAGUACAAAAAUUGGAAAACAGCAAAACAAAGCCUCUGCAUAAAGUGUGAUUCUAUUUUAGGAAAGAUAAAAUUGAAGGAAUUGAAAUAAAUCACAGUACUUAAUAACAUAUAAGUUUUGUAAAGUUUUGCCGCUGAAAUCUACACUGCAAUAAACAUUUAUUUAUUAAUUCCUGAA